CUUCACUGGUUCAGAAAGCUUCACUUUGCCAUCACUAGCAAUAACAUUGUGUUUCUGUUUAGGCCAGCAGAGAAGGCUCAGCUGGCCCGAACGCGAUAUUAAAUGAUAAAAGAUAUGAGGUGGCGCUGGAGAGUCAGACUUGAGAAUGACUUCAUUCACGGAUGUCAGGUGACAAAACAGGAAGAAAGAGUGAGGAGACUUCUCGGAUACAGUGGGUUGACGACCAAAAAGCAGCAUUUUAAUUUGAAAGAAUCAGAACGAAAGAAGGUUUCAAGAGCUAAAUAACAGUAUGGAGGAUGAUGAACUUCCGUCAGCGGAUGGGUUGGCUCGGCGUGGCUCUCUACUUGCUACUCAGCAUCAUGGCAGUGUACUACGUGUUUGAGGUCCACAGCUUCAGUUUGGAGCACGUGCAGAAAGGUGGUGCUGGCCCAUCAGCCCCAUCCCUCACAAACAGCUGGUCUCAGCGAGUGAGUGCUUACCUGCCACCACUUCCUGUCUGGUUAUGGGCGUUGGUUGUCCUUCUGCCAUACCUGCAGCUCUUCCUCUUCCUUUUCUCCUGCACGAGAGCUGACCCCCGAGCAGUCGGUUAUUGCGUCCUUCCUGUCUGCCUCGCCCUGCUGUGCAAUCGGCAAGCCACACGCAAACCGGCCAAUCGGAAUGUUCCGACGCUGAUUGACACAUAAGAGGACGAACAAUCAGAAGCCUGCUGCUCAUCCUCAAGAGGACCAACAGACUGAACUCCUGCGUGCCUUUCAACCCCCUCUCAAUUAGUCAGGAGAAGAUGAACAGACUGCUCUGAGUUUGUGUCUCUGCGUAGCACGGCAUCUUUAUUACAAUAUAAUAAAAUGGAGAAACAAUGA